AUGAUUUUAGCGGAAAGCCCAUUAUCUCGAUGUUCAUCCGGAAUGAGCGGUUUAACCGGAAAGAUGCGGCUGAACAAAGCGGUGUCACCAAAUCAAAAAAAGAAGCCUGCAUACGUUACAAAAAAGGACUAUGAUUAUCUCAUACUGGUUAGCAGUGAUGGAAUCAAGUUUCAUCUUAGACGAGAACUUGCGUAUACUUCCGGUACUAUUCGUGCAAUGAUGAAUGGACCGAGCAAUCCAGUUGACGACCAGCAAAACGUUGUCCAUUUCCGUUCCAUUCCAUCUCAUAUACUGCAGAAGGUAUGCCACUACUUCUUGUACAGGAGUCGUUACGAGAACUCUGACGCAGCAAUACCAGAAUUUCGGAUUGAGCCCCAAUUGUCUUUAGAACUGCUUAUGGCUGCUAACUUCCUUGAUUGUUAA